AAUUAUAAAGCAUAUUAAAAUACUUAUGAAAAAGUUUUGAGAUAACAAAAACAACAACAACAACUUUGUGCAACAGUAUAAAAGUUUGAUACUAAAAAGUAAUAGCAGUCAAGUGUAGCCAACAACAAGCAUAAAAGCAACAGCAACAGCAACAGCAGCAGCAGCAGCAGCAGCAACAACACUUGGCCAACAUGGGAAAAAAGAGCUCGAAAUUGAAACAGGAUACCAUCGAUCGUUUAACAACUGACACAUAUUUUACAGAAAAAGAAAUACGUCAAUGGCACAAAGGAUUUCUGAAAGACUGUCCGAAUGGUUUACUCACAGAGCAAGGUUUUAUCAAAAUCUACAAACAAUUCUUUCCGCAAGGCGAUCCCAGUAAAUUUGCAUCGCUUGUGUUUCGCGUUUUCGAUGAGAACAAUGACGGGUCGAUUGAGUUCGAGGAGUUCAUACGCGCCUUGUCCGUCACAUCGAAGGGCAACCUGGAUGAGAAACUGCAAUGGGCCUUUCGUCUAUACGAUGUGGACAAUGAUGGGUACAUAACACGCGAGGAGAUGUACAACAUUGUGGAUGCAAUCUAUCAAAUGGUGGGCCAGCAGCCACAGUCGGAGGAUGAGAAUACGCCGCAGAAGCGAGUGGAUAAGAUAUUUGAUCAAAUGGAUAAAAAUCAUGAUGGCAAAUUAACAUUAGAAGAAUUUCGUGAGGGUAGUAAAGCUGAUCCACGUAUAGUUCAGGCGUUAAGUUUAGGUGGUGGUUAAAAAAGUUAACCCAGCAGAAAUAUUUACCCAAAUGCAAGCAAAAAAAUUAAAACAAAUAUAUAAAACGCGCAACAAAACUAUUGUAACAACAACAAAGCAAAAAACAAAGAAGAGCAAGAAAUGCAGCUAAAAGUUUCUUAAGUAUAACAAUAAGCGCUUUUGGUUCUUGGCUAAACAUUUUACACUCUACUACACAGCAAAAAGCAAAAGAGGCAAACAGUAAACAGCAAACAAAACAAAACUAAGCGAAAAACAAAAAAUACAAACGAAAAUUCUAUAAAAUAAUAACAUAAACUUAACUAAGCUCUCGUUAAAGCAAUCAACUAAUCAGAGUCGCCCAACAAUAAAAAAUGUUUCAAUCUUGAACUUGAAUAACUUUUACUUUCUGUUUUUCCAACAACUAACUCGCGCGUCGAUUAACAGUCAAAAUGAUAAUAAUUUUUUGA